AUGAUGCGCAUCUCGGAGAGCACAAACCUAAUCGGAACUACAGUUAAGUGCUUGCAAUUGGUGACGCCUCACUUCAAGUCCACGGCUGCAAUUGUCAUUAAAGAGAUCGCGCAGCUCCCUACGCAAGAUUUCUCAUGUUUACUGCCUGAGGUUAUGAGUGUCAACGCGGAACAUUACUGGAAUGAGAUGAACACAACUUUUGCUGUAUGCUCCCGCCCAGAUCCUUUAUGUUGCCAAGGAUACGAGCACAAGAUCGUGUCUUCCUGUCGUGGCGACGCAAGCAACAACGGAAACAAAUUGAGGCUUUCGAGCAUAUUUCCUGAACCAGUAUGUAAAGUGUUUUUACAGCGUCACGUCUCACCAUCCGAGUACCCUAACCUGCAUGGGUCAGUCACUAGAUAUGACUUGGCUUCUUUGGAGAUUUGCCGACCUUUGAAGCUUGGAAUUCUGUUCAUGCCUCAUGACUCUCUGCAGGAACCCAAGUCCACAAGCAAGGGCUCUGUGAUAGAGGAAAUCGAUGGAAAGAAGCAACACUUCACGCAUGUAAAUGUUCACCCGGAUCAGCUCGACGAGAUGUUUCUGCCCAAGGCGAUAGACUAUCUAUAUCAUAACGUUGAGUCUAGAACUUACGAGAUAAGUUGGAGAUCUAACCAUGGUAGUGCAUACCUAUGUGUGGACAUGACGAGCACAACAAGAUUGCCAGGAGCACCCGCGGCAAUACAAGGUAGGAACAAGAGCAGCAAGGUGGUUCCUGAGAUGCACCAAGAGCUAUUGGAAAAUGUGGAGUGGAAGGACGUGGCAAGAAGAUGCUUAAAACUUUGGUUGUUUCGUUCCUCCGAGAGAAUGCAGAGCAUGUUUAUGGCGUGGCUGAAACGAUGA